CUAAGGUUAACACUCAAAUAAAUGCUCAGUAAGUUCGAUCGGUUAUUCUAAUUAGAAUAAACGCCUAUAACGUGGCCUAACUGUCUGCGUCUCAGAUAAUAUAGUUAAGUGCAAAGGUGAACAUGGUUUAUCCCCUUGCAUGGCAUGUUUUCUUUUUUCUGGUUAGAAUAGUCACCCGGUACAAGUCAGUUGUUGUUCGAUGGGUGAAACGCUGUCACACUAUCAGGCUACCGACAUUUACUUUGGAUUUUCGGUGAGGAACUGCCGUAUAGCUCACGUCAUUCAUCUGCUGUCAACCACUUCAAUAGAUGUUAUCCGUACUAUUCGAGAUCCAGAGAAACCCAACACUCUGGAGGAGCUAGAUGUUGUUUCUGAGAAAUGCAUUGACGUCCAUGAACUUGGAGAUGAUGAAUACCUCAUUAUCAUCAAGUUCUCUCCUACAGUACCCCACUGUUCUCUGGCAACAUUGAUAGGCCUCUGUCUUCAAGUCAAAUUACAACGAUGCCUACCAUUUAAACACAAGUUGGAAAUUUACAUUUCUGAAGGAACACAUUCAACUGAGGAAGACAUUAACAAACAAAUCAAUGACAAAGAGAGGGUUGCUGCUGCAAUGGAAAACCCUAACCUGCGGGAAAUUGUGGAACAGUGUGUUACUGAACCAGAUGACUAGAGCUACUCUGUUGUUAUUGUCUUUAACUACUGAAAGUAUACUUCAGCUGGAAGGUUUCAUUCUGUUCACUCUGUCCCCAUGAGAAACCUGUUUCUGUGAUGCUGCCUCUAAAUUAUAUGAAAAUGAAAAAGUGCAGUAUAAUAAUGAACUUUGCUCCUCUAGCUAGAUAGAAAUGUAAUCUCCAGUGCAGAAGAAAAUCCCAGAUAAUUGAAAUCCACCAUGGCUUGAUUUUGAAGGUUUGACAGAGAAUUCACUCAGGUGUACUGUAUGAUAACAAUGUAUGGCAUUAAAACGUUUAAAUCACUAAGCUUUGCCAUGCCAUACAACUUCUGUCAUGAUUUUUACUGCACCUGCAGUAAGCUACACGUAUUGGCAGCAUUUUCCUGAAAUUUCAUUUAUAUAUUUUAUUGUGUAAAUCUAAAUAUUUUCUUAAUAAAAUUACCAUCUGCCUUUAUGUAAAAUUGAGAAUUCACGAGAACUGACACUUGUCUACUUUUGAUUCGUUUUUAUUUGUUUUAGUUAUAUCCUAUGCAGUGUUUUCCAAAUAUCAGUAGUGGCUUCAUAUUAAACAUAUUCUUCACCUC